CUCCUCAAACGCCUCGACUUUGGUGUCGGCCGCACGCUCUACGAGAUCUGGGCCCUUCGCAAGGUCAAGAUCCCGGUGAUGCACAUCCGCUACUACCGGUCGCUGCCGAGGCCCAACGAACAGGCCGGAUUGAUGCCCUUCUUCAAGGAGCUUGGUGUUCCCCGUGCCCCGGUGCCCACCCCGGAAGGCUCGCUCCGCGUACUGGAAAUGGUGCAGAAAACCUGCCAGGAGAUGAUUAAGCAAUGGAAAGCCGGGGAGCGCGUGAUCGACUCGAUCGAAUUCAUGCUUGACGGUAUCGAGGCCGCGGCCAGACGGGACGUGCUUGCAUGGGAUUCCGUGCUCGAGGGCAUGAAGGCGAUUAUGGUGGAUCUGGCGCAAGGACAGCUGGACGCGAAAAUCAACAAUAUGCACGCGCUGAUUCGUCGCCGUGAGGAUAGUGACGUUGCUCUUUGCAUCGUCGUCACCCAUCGCUGGUCGAUUAUGCUGGCUGGGUGCAGCUACGCGUUCCGCAGCGCCCGCACCACUGCCCAGGAGAAGGCCUACAUCGACGCCGGGCUGCGCCUGACCGACUCGAUGAAGGCGGUGGAGCGUCAGCGCGGCUGGUCCACGCGCAACACGCUGGAGCUGGGCGACGGCCGCCUCUCCCUCAUCGAGUACAACCUCACCCCGGCGGACCAGAAACUGGUCAACGAGAAGAGGCUCGUUUUCAACAACGCCCUCCGCGCCUUCAUCAACGCCUACGACGAUAUUCCGCGCCGAGAGCUGGCCCUGGACAUGGCCCUCCACGUUCAGGACCUCGGCCGCCGGAUGGAGCAUGGGCUGCUUUGUCUGGAACUCCACUGGUGCCGCCGCACUCUGACCUACCUGAACGCCUUCCGCACCGGCGGCUGCUCUGUCGAUUCGACCGGGGCCCAG